CUCCUGGUCCAGAUCGGCAGUCGCCAACCUGAAGGUCUCCAGCCGCCUGCUGGCCAGGAAGACUACAACUCCCAUCAUUCCCAGCCACAAUAACGCGUGCAGGAGUCUGGGAUGAUGGGAGUUGCAAUCCAACACCAUUCGGGCGGGAGUCGGACCCAAAGCUGAGGGAACCUCUGCUUAGGGGGACUGCAGGGCAGCUUCAGCCCCGCCUCCUGGAAAGACCCGGCUGCCUCUAGGAUCCGGAGGGUGUCCUCUCGGGCAGUGUGCGGGAAGGCUCUGCCCCUCUGGAGCCCAGCAGGACACGUGCGGCGGCGGCUGCGCUCGCAGGGCAAACUUUGUAGGCUGCAGCCACAGACAACGCGGGGCGGCGCCGGCUGCUUUGCCGGUGCAGACGUGGCUGCUGCCGGCCGGUGCCCACAACCUGCCGCUCGGCGUCUUCUCGGCUGCUGCCAGCCUCCGUUGGGGAAGAUGUCGGCCGUGGACGAGCGCAGCGCGCUGCUGCGCCCCUUCAAGCUGAUCGCGCUGCUCUGCGCCUUCAUCGCGUUCGCUUUGGACGUGGCCGCCUUGCUGAGCCCCGCCUGGAUCACGUCGGAGCGCUACUCGCUCCACCUCUGGGAGACCUGCAGCCCAGCGCCGGAUGCCUGGCAGUGCCCCGCGGCGCUCCAGACUGACUGGCAAGUAGCUACGUUGGUGUUGAUCCUGACUGCAGCCACCAUUACUCUAUUGUCGUUUCUUAUGUCGCUGAUUUCCUUCUGCCUAGGAACCUACAAGCGCUAUUACCGGAUUGUUGCCAUCCUCCUCUUUGCGGCAGUGGUUCUGCAGGUUUGCGCCUUGAUUCUCUAUCCCAUCAAAUUCAUUGACAGUAACAUGCUGAAGAGCUACCACGAGUUCAACUGGGGAUACGGCUUGGGAUGGGGCUCCGCCAUCUUCAUGCUGGGGGCGUCCAUCCUUUACUGCCUGCGUACAGAUGUGCAUGAAGAUGCCUACUACUGAGGGAGGCAAGGGGGCAUUGGACUGGAUUGCUGGACUGAUGGGACCACAUUAGUAGAGAGAGAGAUAUUGUGUGGACCACUGGAUUCACCAGGGAUUAUUGGUGUAUUUGGUCCUACCAGAUAUGCAAGACUCCAGCCAAUCUUUUGGAAAAAGGACGAUGUGAAGAUCUCAAGUCUGGAUUCUCUUAGUUAGAGGAACUAUAGCUAUGGAUGAGCUAUGUUUCUCACCAGAAUAACAAGUUUGUGGUCCUUCUCAUGUUUCUUUCUCCCUUGUUUUCUAUGCAGGAAAAGAUUUGUCUUGAUUUUUUUAAGAGAAGAGCUCCUACACUUUAGAGAGGCUUGGUUUGCCUUUAUGUUGAGGUGUCAAGACCGUAACACAACGAAGGCUUGCAAGGGUUGAGAUGAAAUGUGUAUAUAUAAAUAUAUUGAUGGUAAAUCCACUUGAUCUUUGGUAAAUCAGCCUUUUUAGAUUAAAGCACACAGAGGAUGGUGGGCAUCCCCAUUUCUGUCACUGCUUUCCACAGGGGGUGUGUGAAUGCCGAGAAGAAUAAACCAACCAAUUGAAACAAAA